AUGUCUCAGUCUCCCGAUACAACUCCGACGGCAGCAGCCACGGGGUCUACCAGCCCUCCACCAGUGCCCGCGGCGCAGCACCAGGUUGCCAUCGAUGACCGUGAUUCCAUUGCGGCAGACGAAUCGAGUGUUGUAUCUUCAAGCGCCAGUCUUUCUAGCUCGAUCCUCGACUAUAGACUAGAAAACGGCCGAACAUACCACCGCUACAAGGAUGGCAACCUUCAACACAAUCUCUUCAUUCGCAUGUUCGACAAUCGUCUGGGGGCGGCGCCACCUAAUGACCCGGAGUACAAGGUAGGCCGAGUCUUGGACGUUGGCACCGGCUCUGGAAUCUGGGCCAUCGACUUUGGCGACGACCAUCCGGAAUCUGAGCUCAACGAGAUCAACGCCGGUGCCCAUUCUGACGACGGCACCCUGAAACCAGAUUCAGCACUCGUCAAGAGCUUGAAUCUAUGGGAAGAGGCUGCUAACAUUUUCGGUCGGCCGUUUCAGAACCUCAGAUUUCUGGCGGAUGUCAUGGUUGAGGUCGGCUUUGAGGAUGUAGAGUGCCGAAGGUACAAAUGGCCUACUAACCCAUGGCCGAAGGAUCCAAAGUACAAGGAACUCGGCGCUUGGAAUUAUGAAAACAUGGCCCCGCAUUGGGAAGCCUUUAUCAUGGCACCUCUAACUCGGGCGCUGGACUGGACCAAGGAGGAAGUGCUGGUUCUUGCGAUGGAGGCACGUAAGGACCUCGGAGACCGGAACAUCCACGCAUAUUUCACGAUCUGGGCCAUCUUUGGCCGCAAGCCCGCUGCACCGGCACAAGCCGCUACUGGCGUAGAUGCAACCGACUGA